AUGAUAUGGCAUACCCUUUUGUCUACCACCCACGAGGAAAUCGAUCGAAUGCGUUCUACCAAUCGCUGCACUCAGCUUAUAGCAGUGACCGAGCUCUCUUUUCCCCCAAACUUCUAUAACCGUUAUUCGAUGCCACAACUCGCUCCCUUCCUCUCCCUGGCCGAUGCCGCGGUCUUCCCAGGCUUCCUAGACGUGGGCAACGGUCAACAGGUCCCACACCUUGAUGCACGCAUGACCACGAGCAGUUUCGACAACGAGUCUUGGGACCCAAUAGUCAUUCGCCUUUUUAUCGCGAUGAUUCUGUUUAGCGCUAUCCUCCAGCUCGUGGUUAUCGUCGUUGGCGCCGCAUUCGAGGGUCAGCCUACUAACCGUCGCCGCCUCAGACGCCAGUACAAUCUCCCCGCUUCGGUAUCGUCUGGACUACAGGUCAUGAGCGCAUCGGUUUCACAAUGGCGUUAUCGAGCUCCUCCCCCAGCUAUCGAAAUCACUCUUCCCAUCCAUAUAACACGGGCACAACGUGAAGCUCAAGUUGAAACCAACGACUUGGGGAUUUCAAACGGACUUCAUAACCCAUCUGAAGAUGUCCCAUUCGACGAUAACGCUCCCCCCACCGCGCUCGACCCGAAUUUCAGGGAGGCGGCGGUUUCCGCAGCUGCUGUCACGGUGUUCGGCGGUGGCGACGGCGACGGCGGCUCGGGCCGGACCGAAAAUCACCCCCCAGGAGAAGCAGAUUUGUCGGAUAUGCAGGCUACCGAAGUGGACUGGGAGGAAGAAUAUGACCGCGAGACGCUCUAUCCGAUCUCCAUGCACUCCAGCACGUCCACUUUCUGCCCGGUUACUUCUCGGUUUCCCGUUCCUAGAGCUUGA